CAAAAUAUUUUUCCUGAUUUUACAUUGCAUAUUCUCGUAUAACUCCACAGAUAAAAAAAUGAGCGUAGCCGUGAAACACAAUGUCCAUGUAAGUUUAAUAAGAUUUCAGUGAUUUGUAAUCGAGAUAAUUUUUGUCGUGUGUCUGCUGUUCGUGAACAGGUACAAUGAAUAUUUAAAACUCACCUAUGUGUUAUUCCGCGAACAAAUUGGUAAAGCAAGUUCGGAUGAAAAUAAAACUAAAAAUCGGAUAAAGUAAAAGGAAAUGAUUAACACAAAUGCAGGAUGAUAUAAUGCCGAGUUUGUUUACCACUUUGUAACUGGUUGUAUCAAUACACAACAGCUAUUAGCUAUUAGAGUAUUUUAGUGUCUGAUGUCUUGUUGGUGCAUGUGCCUGUGAAAGCUGGUUCAUAAAUAAAGUUAUAAAAAAUAAUUGUUUUAACAGGGUUGUAUGCAUUUAACUAGUGCGUAUACAGCCAAAGAGAUUUAACCGGUUAUAUGAGUAAUAGAAAUGCUGAAACAAUUGCAAACGGGGAUGAGGGCUUUCCUUCUAAUGGCUUCACGUGUGUGGACCUGCAUCUGCUUUCUCCUCAAGAAGCAGGUUAGAGCCAUUUCACAGAUGCAACCAGUUAAAUAUGAAAUAUUUCCACUGUCACCUCUAUCAAAACAUCGAUUAAGUAUAGUAAAGAGAAAAGUUCUAGUAUUAGAUUUAGAUGAAACAUUGAUCCAUUCACAUCAUGAUGGAGUAGCAAGACCAACAGUUAGACCUGGUACACCACCUGAUUUUGUACUGAAGGUGACAAUUGAUCGGCAUCCUGUUAGAUUUUUCGUCCACAAAAGACCGCAUGUUGACUUUUUUUUGGAUAUUGUAAGUCAAUGGUACGAAUUGGUAGUGUUUACAGCAUCAAUGGAAAUAUAUGGAGCUGCAGUAGCUGAUAAAUUGGACAACAAUCGUGGCAUUCUUAGACGUAGAUAUUACAGACAACACUGCACUCCUGAAAUGGGAUCAUAUACUAAGGAUUUAGCAGCUAUUUGUUCUGACUUAACGUCAGUUUUUAUACUUGACAAUAGUCCUGGUGCUUACAGAGCUUAUCCACAUAAUGCGAUACCAAUAAAAUCAUGGUUCAGCGAUGCCGGUGACACAGCGUUAUUAAGUUUAUUACCUGUACUCGAUGCACUUCGUUUUACUCAAGACGUACGCUCAGUGCUAUCAAGAAAUUUACAUUUACCACAUAGUGGUGGUGGCGGAUGGUAGCAGUCUAGUGUUUUUAUUAUGCUCGAUUGAUUUGCUGAAAUAGUUUAAUUAAUGGUAAUAUUAAUAAUUAUAAUAAUAAUAUUAAAAUAUUAAUUAAUUAUAAGAAUAAUAAUAAUAAUAAUAAUAAUAAUAACACGGGCAACAUAAAAAAUAAAUGUCAUACGUACGUAUACAUCGUGCGUUUUUUCAUUACACAUUUAAAUAAUUGAACUAGUAUCUUAUCUGUUACAAACAUCAUCAUUUAAUGCAACACGGUAUUGACUAUCAAAAAAAAAAAUAUUUAGUUUUUUUUUUUUUUUUUUUUUUUUUUUAUUAUUUUUUCAGUAUAAAAAUAAAAUAAUUUUUUUAUUUAUUAAUUUUCCUCAUUAACACACAAUUUAAUUAUUUUUUCAUUAAAUUUGUAAAUAAUGUAAAGCACUAUUCCGAAAUUAUGCAUUAGCCAAAGAUCAAUAUUCCAUGUAUUAUAUAUAUGGUUGAAUAAUUAUGUAAACGUGUUCAAAAUACAUUUGAUAAGUAUUUGGCUUAAAUGAUAAUUAAAAAUAUAAAAUUUUAAUUAAAUACAGUGUUAAAUUAUUUUUAUUAACAAUCAUAUUUUUUCCACGUAAUAUAUACGUUGAUAAAUCCUGUAUUUGAUUAAUAAAUAGUUCAAUGUAUAUUUAAAUGUAGAUUUAUAUUAUUGAUUAAUUAUUUACUGUGAAAAUGAUAAUUAUUAUUGUUUACUUUUACUAUAUAGCUACAGUAUGAUAUAUGAAAAAAUGAUAAAAUGUAAUAUUGAUCGGAAUGUUAUGUCUUUGUUAUAAAUAAUAGCAUUGAUAAAUUAAUUAUUAAUUAUUUAAUAAUAAACUAAUAAUAAUAAUAGUAAUAGUAUUAGUUUGUAGAAAUCUUGUUGAAGGUGUGUUAAUUAUAGACUCUUAAUAAAUGAUAAUAAUAAGA